ACGCCACUUGCUUGGCACAACGCACAAGUGACAAGAACGGCGAAAUCAAAGUUACCGUAUAGUUUCUAGGAUCCGUUUUUUCUGCAACGUUUUUUUUUAUAAAGCGUGACUGAUCGGAGGAAAAAACUGCGCGUAUUAGAAACCGUAAUCUUACGGUUUCUGUUUGUUCUUGAGUGGCAUCUGGCGUUGUGAUUAUCCCAUUUUUCUUCAGCGCCGUUGCGCAUCACUCGCUUCAGUUCCCUAUCAUGUCGAUCGGCGUCCCUAUUAAAAUCCUCCACGAAGCGGAGGGCCACAUCAUCACCAUCGAGACCAACGAGGGCGAAGUGUACCGCGGCAAACUGAUCGAAGCCGAGGACAACAUGAACUGCCAGAUGACGCAGGUCAGCGUGACGCACCGCGACGGCCGCGUGUCGCAGCUGGAGAACGUCUUCAUUCGCGGCUCCAUGGUGCGCUUCAUGAUCCUGCCCGACAUGCUGAAGAAUGCCCCGAUGUUGAAGAAGCCGGACCGCACCAAGGGCGCCGGCCUGGGCAAGUCAGCCAUCCUGCGUGCGCAGGCGGCGCGCGGCCGGGGACGGGCGCGGGGACCCCGCGGGAUGUUCCCGCCGCGGGGCGGUCGGGGUCGCGGCGAGGGACGGGGUGGCGGCGGGCCCCCGAUGUAAUUCACAUUCGCACUGAAGGAUCUUCAUUUGUUGUUCAUGUUAUUUUCCCUGGAUUUAUGGGAUUCGCGUGGCGUGGAGAUCAGCGCGGGUAUUUUUUACGGAAUUCCCACUUGGAAAGUUGAGAAUAUUCCUGGAUUCCAGUGGUAAUUUGUAUUCGGCAUUCAUUUGUCUUAAAACAGUUUUCUUUUCCUUUCGCUAAAUGUAACAAUUGUAAUGUAAUUAUAUACUGCUAUGCGUUCUCUUCAUCUCGAGCGGAAUUAAGAACGGCAAUGCUUUUGGUUUUGUUGUCUGAAUGAAAUUUGUAGCAAAUAAAUUCCGCUAACGGUCAAUGCGCGGAUCAUGCGUU